AUGGAUCACAGGUCGUUUCGUGAUUCAACUGCAGAGGAAGCAAUCCGGCUUGAGGAUGGCGAAGCUCAUCCGCUGCGCGCAAAUGAUCUUCAUAGCAGAAGAUACUUUGAGCUACUCACUAUUCGCCGGAGGCUUCCAGCCUCACAAAAGCGGCAGGAAUUUCUUGAUCUGUAUCAUCGACAUCAGGUGAUUAUCGUGUCUGGCGAGACGGGCUCAGGCAAAACUACUCAAAUUCCCCAAUUCAUUCUCUUCGACGAACUUGGUUCUUCAAAACCUAUCGCUUGUACACAGCCCCAUCGACCAUCUGCUAUUUCAGCGGCAGAGAAGGUCGCCUCUGAGCUAGAUGUCAGAGUGGGUGAAGAAGUGGGCUAUCAGGUUCGCUUCGAUAAGCGUAUUUCCCGAGUCAAAACACGCCUAAGCUACAUGACCGACGGAAUGCUUGUGCAGUUGGUUCAAGGCAAUAGUUCUUUCGGUAAAUACAGUUGUGUCAUCGUUGAUGAGGCCCACGAACGCACCAUCCCUACUGAUCUCCUCCUAGCACUAUUGAAGCGUGCCCUGCCACUCUUCCCUGAUCUUAAGAUAGUCGUCAUGUCCGCUACUCCGAAUGUGGAUAUCUUCCUGGACUACUUCGAUCAAAGCAGCCAUCUCCCUCUAUCCGGCCGCGAACAUCCUGUCGAGAUCCGUUAUCUCCAGGAGCCAGCCUCUGAUUACGUUAAUUUAGCUCUUCAUACUGCUCAACACAUCCAUCAGACUACUGUUGAUGGUGACAUUCUUGUCUUUAUGCCGUCUACUGCCGAGAUCGAAGAUGCUUGUGGACAGUUGCGAUCGGCAACCUGGGGUCUUGAAGUGUUACCCCUUUAUUCUCAGUUGCCCAAAGCAGAGCAGGAAAGAGUCCUUGUACGAUCGUCCCGUCGUCGGUGCAUCAUCUCUACCAAUAUUGCGGAGGCCAAUUUGACGGUUGAUGGUGUUGUCUACAUCGUUGACACUGGACUUUGUAUUGAGUCGCGUUUUAAUCCCCGCAUUGGCCUCAAGACAAUUUUUACCGGUCCUAUCUCCAAGGCAGCAGCAGAGCAGCGGGCCAGUCGCGCAGGUCGAAAUCAGCCAGGUGUAUGCUAUCGCAUUUACACGAAGGAGUACCACGAUGGGGAUCUUCUUCCGACAACGCCCGCUUCCCUUCACACAAGCGACCUUUCUCGCUUGGUUCUACAAAUCAAGGCUAUGGGAUUCGACGAUGUGGCCAAUUUUGGUUUUAUCGACAAGCCUGAUCCCGAAGUUUUCUUUCGCGCUCUCGAAGAUCUUCUUGCCAUGGGAUAUCUUGACGAUACUGGGACUAUCACUCCAAAGGGCCAGAUGGCUUCAAAACUUCCAGUCCACCCGGUAUGGUUCAACGCUCUUGAAAAGGCUCAUGAACUCGGCUGCAGUAGUGACAUGAUAACUAUCGCCGCCAUUCGAAGCACACGGCAUCCGAUCUUUGUCCGUGGUCAAGGCCCCUAUUCCACUGCAGGUCAGGCACAGCGAUUUGCCUGUUUCACUUCUGAUCACAUCACGCAGCUCAACGCAGUGGACGCAUUUAUGAAGAAGGAAGAUGAGGCCGAGGAUCUUAGACAUGAGGGGGUUUACAUCGACAUGUCGGGAUGGUGCUCGGACAAUUCUUUCAGUAUACGUGCUCUCGAAGAGUUCAAGCGCAUUCGCAUGAAGCUGAGGAAGUCAUUUGCCGAUUUAUUCAAGGAUAAGCCCAAGCGAUUCACGCUCGAGAUCUCUGAAUGUGAUGACAAUCUCCGCCAAGCGCUUGCUUGGGCCUUCAGUCAUCGUGUGGCUUUCAGCGACGUCGGCAGUGGGAACGACCGCUACAGAGUUCUUCAUCACAGCUGGCACGCUGGUUUAUCUCCUGAAAGCAACCUUGUGGGACUCAACCACAGAUGGGUCAUUUUUGACUCCUUCGUCAUGACCAACUGCCAGUUUCUGGAGACAGUCACGGCCAUUGAACCCGAGUGGCUCCGGGGAUGCGAGAACUUUCGAGAGGAGAGCUGGGCGUUGAAACGUGCGGGCAAGACUGGCCUGUACAAAAUGCCGCUUGCGAAGGCAUCGUUUGAAGAGGCUUGUGGGCUAGGUACUAAUAGGCAGACGGAUUGGUGGUAA